ACGAAAAGAAGAAAUAAACACGGAGAGAGAGAGAGAGAAGAAUGAGUCUAUUUUCCCAGAUUAUGUUCUGCUGAUGAGACAACCUCUAUGUUGGGAGGGAAAGAGGAAUGUUCGUUGUCAAUUUCGUUAUGGAUCCAUGUUGUUAGUUAAUUGGGAUUUCAAAGUUUUCUGUGUUUGAUGUUUCUCCUCCUGUUGGGUUGGGUUUUGUUGAUGCCGAGAUUGUUUUCUGACCAGAUUCCGUCGUAAAUUAUGGCUGCUUCAGCCAAAGUAACUGUAGGGUCUCAUGUCUGGGUGGAGGAUUCAGAUGAUGCCUGGAUUGAUGGGGAAGUUGAAGAAGUUAACGCUGAUGAUAUCACUGUUAACUGCUCGGGAAAGACGGUUGUGGCAAAGGUAAAUGCUGUCUACCCCAAGGACCCCGAGUUCCCUGAACUUGGGGUAGACGACAUGACAAAGCUUGCAUAUUUGCAUGAACCAGGAGUUCUUCUCAAUCUUAAGUGCCGAUAUAAUGCUAAUGAAAUAUAUACGUACACAGGAAAUAUAUUGAUAGCUGUGAAUCCUUUUAAGAGAUUGCCCCACCUUUAUGGAAGUGAUACAAUGAAACAGUAUAAGGGUACAGCAUUUGGUGAGUUGAGUCCACAUCCUUUUGCGGUUGCAGAUUCUGCGUACAGGAAAAUGAUCAACGAGGGAGUGAGUCAGGCUAUCUUGGUGAGUGGGGAAAGCGGUGCUGGCAAGACAGAGAGCACGAAGAUGCUCAUGCGAUAUCUUGCAUACAUGGGCGGAAGAGCUGAGAGUGAAGGACGAUCCGUGGAGCAGCAAGUUUUAGAGUCCAAUCCAGUUUUGGAAGCGUUUGGCAAUGCUAAAACCGUUAGAAACAAUAAUUCAAGUCGUUUUGGUAAAUUUGUGGAGAUUCAGUUUGAUCAUAGGGGAAGGAUCUCGGGAGCUGCUAUUAGGACAUAUUUGCUAGAGAGGUCGCGGGUUUGUCAAGUCUCUGACCCUGAAAGAAACUAUCAUUGCUUUUACAUGCUUUGCGCUGCACCAGAACAGGAAACUGAGAGGUACAAGUUAGGAAAACCAAGCACAUUUCGCUAUCUAAAUCAGUCUAAUUGUUAUGCAUUGGAUGGGCUUGAUGACUCCAAGGAAUACAUAGCUUCAAGGAAAGCUAUGGACGUUGUUGGGAUCAAUUCGGAAGAUCAGGAUGCAAUCUUCCGAGUAGUGGCUGCAAUCCUUCAUCUAGGGAACAUCGAGUUUGCAAAGGGUGAAGAAUCAGAAGCUUCAGAACCGAAGGACGAGAAAUCACGGUUCCAUCUAAAAGUGGCAGCAGAACUUUUCAUGUGUGAUGAGAAAGCUUUAGAAGAUUCCUUGUGCAAAAGGGUCAUGGUGACUCGUGAUGAAAGUAUUACAAAGUCUCUUGAUCCUGAUAGUGCAGCUCUAGGAAGAGAUGCACUAGCCAAGAUUGUCUAUUCUAAAUUGUUCGAUUGGCUCGUGACCAAGAUCAAUAAUUCCAUCGGCCAAGAUCCAAGUUCAAAACAUAUUAUAGGUGUUCUGGAGAUUUAUGGAUUCGAGAGUUUCAAGACAAACAUUUUCGAACAGUUUUGUAUAAAUUUGACAAACGAGAAGCUGCAACAACAUUUCAACCAGCAUGUGUUCAAGAUGGAGCAAGAAGAAUAUACUAAAGAAGAGAUUGACUGGAGUUACAUAGAGUUUAUUGAUAAUCAGGAUGUCCUUGAUCUUAUUGAAAAGAAACCUGGUGGUAUCAUUGCCCUUCUAGACGAGGCUUGCAUGUUUCCAAGAUCAACACAUGAUACAUUCUCUCAAAAGUUGUACCAGACUUUUAAAGACCACAAACGUUUUGGGAAGCCAAAAUUGGCUCAAACAGACUUUACAAUUUGCCACUAUGCUGGUGAUGUCACUUAUCAGACAGAACUGUUUUUGGACAAGAACAAAGAUUAUGUUGUUGGAGAACAUCAAGCUCUCCUGAGCUCUUCAGACUGUACUUUUGUAUCAUCGUUGUUUCCACCAUUGCCUGAGGAAUCCUCCAAAACAUCAAAGUUCUCAUCAAUAGGUUCUCAGUUUAAGCAACAACUGCAAUCUUUGCUCGAGAGUUUGAGCACCACGGAGCCACACUACAUACGAUGUGUUAAACCAAAUAACCUUCUUAAGCCAGAAAUAUUUGAGAACAUUAAUAUUUUGCAUCAACUUAGGUGUGGGGGAGUCAUGGAAGCCAUUAGGAUUAGUUGCGCUGGAUAUCCUACUAGAAAGCCUUUCAACGAGUUUUUGACCCGGUUCAAAAUUUUAUAUCCAGAGACUACAAAGAGCAGCUAUGAUGAAAUUGACGCUUGCAAAAAGCUACUAGCAAAAGUGGACCUCAAAGGUUUUCAGAUUGGGAAGACAAAGAUGUUUCUUAGGGCAGGUCAAAUGGCAGAACUGGAUGCUCACCGAGCUGAAGUUCUUGGUCAUUCAGCACGGGUUAUACAGAGAAAAGUCCUUACUUAUCAAUCUCGCAAGAAGUUUCUGUUGUUGCAGACCGUUUCAACAGAAAUUCAAGCCUUAUGUAGAGGACAAGUCGCACGUGUUUGGUUUGAGACCAUGCGAAGAGAAGCUGCUUCUCUGAGGAUACAAAAGCAGGCACGGACUUAUAUUUGCCAGAAUGCCUAUAAAAGCCUGUGCACGUCUGCUUGUUUAGUUCAGACAGGGAUGCGAGCAAAAGCUUCCCGUGUUGAACUUCAGUUUAGGAAGAAGAGAAGAGCGACAAUCAUUAUUCAAAGUCAAAUCAGAAGAUGUUUGUGUCAUCAGCAUUAUGUGAGAACGAAGAAAGCAGCUAUUACUACUCAGUGCAGCUGGAGAGUGAAAGUUGCACGCCGAGAAUUGCGAAAUCUAAAAAUGGCUGCUAAAGAAACAGGAGCACUUCAGGAUGCUAAGACUAAGCUGGAAAAUCAAGUGGAAGAACUCACUUCAAACUUGGAGCUUGAGAAACAGAUGAGGAUGAAGAUCGAGGAAGCCAAAUCUCAAGAAAUCGAAGCAUUGCAGUCCGCUUUAACAGAUAUAAAACUUCAGCUCAAGGAAACUCAAGAAACCAAAAGUAUGGAGAUCUCAGACUUGCAGUCCGCUUUGCAAGACAUGCAACUUGAGAUUGAAGAACUCUCGAAGGGACUUGAGAUGAGUAACGAUCUUGCUGCUGAGAAUGAACAGCUUAAGGAGUCGGUGAGUUCGCUGCAUAAUAAAAUUGAUGAAUCCGAGAGAAAAUAUGAAGAAAUAAGUAAGCUAAGUGAAGAGCGGAUAAAAGAAGAAGUUCCUGUAAUUGAUCAGUCCUCGAUCAUCACACUUGAAGCUGAAAAUCAACAGCUGAAGGCGUUGGUAAGUUCCUUGGAGGAGAAAAUCGAUGCAUUAGACAGAAAACAUGACGAAACAAGCUCAAAUAUCACAGAGCAGUUGAAGGAGAAUGUCUCAUCUGAUUACGAGACAGUGAGCAAUCUUGCAGCUGAGAAUGAGCGGCUCAAGGCACUUGUAGGUUCAUUAGAGAAGAAAGUCAAUGAAAGAGGGAACAAUUCUACAAAGGAGAGUUUGACAGAGGAUGCUUCAAUUGAUGAUGAGAGGGAUCUGGUACGUUCCUUGGAAAAGAAAAUAGAUGAAACAGAAAAGAAGUACGAAGAAGCAAGUAGACUUUGUGAAGAGAGGCUGAAACAAGUUUUAGACUCAGAGACAAAGCUAAUUGAGUUGAAGACAUCAAUGCAAAGGCUUGAGGAAAAGGUAUCUGACAUGGAAUCAGAAGAACAAAUUCGCCGGCAGCAAGCGCUGGUUAAUCCUGCUUCCCGGAAAAUGUCUCCCCAGGUGUCAUUUACAGGACCACCGCCUGUGGAGAAUGGACAUAAUGAACCAAUUGCUCCUAUACCGUCAAAAAAUUUUGGGACAGAAUCUUUUAGACGAUCUCGAAUUGAACGACAACCCCAUGAAUUUGUUGAUGUUCUUCUCAAAUGUGUAUCCAAAAACGUUGGUUUUAGUCAUGGAAAGCCUGUUGCAGCUCUUACAAUAUAUAAAUGUCUUAUACACUGGAAGAUGUUUGAAGCAGAAAAAACAAGUAUCUUUGAUCGAAUUGUUCCUAUUUUUGGUUCUGCAAUAGAGAAUCAGGAGGACGACAAUCAUUUGGCUUAUUGGCUAACAAACACAUCAACACUCUUAUUCUUGCUUCAAAGAAGCAUAAGACAGAGCUCAACUGGCUCAAGUCCAACAAAACCUCCUCAUCCAACUUCAUUUUUUGGAAGGAUGACACAGGGUUUUCGUUCAAGCUCUUCCCCGAAUCUUGCAACCGAUGUGGUGCAGCAAGUAGAUGCUAGAUAUCCUGCUUUACUUUUCAAACAGCAGCUUACGGCCUAUGUUGAAACAAUGUAUGGAAUAAUCCGAGAGAAUGUUAAGAGAGAAGUAACUUCACUGCUUUCUUCCUGCAUCCAGAGUCUGAAGGAUUCAUCAUCUAAAUCCUCUGUUGUGAAUUCACCAUCAAAGUCAUCUGAAGAGCAUUCACCGACUAAGCCAUCUGAAGAGCAUCUCCCUGCUAAGUCAUCUGAAGAGAAUUCACCAAAGAAGUCAUCUGAAGAGGAUUCACCAAAGAAGUCAUCUGAAGAGAAUUCACCCACUAAGUCAUCUGAGGAAAAUUCGCCGAAGAAGUCAUCUGAAGAGAAUUCACCAAAGAAGUCAUCUGUAGAGAAUUCACCAAAGAUGUCAGUGGGAGAUAAGUCACCAAAAAAGUUAUCUGAUGAGAUAUCACCAUCUAUAGAGGGGCAAGCAGUGAAGUCGUCUGUAGAGAAUUCACCAGCAAGCUCUUGGCAAAGCAUUAUUGGGUUUUUGAACUACAAUCUCUUCACAUGGAAGAAAAACUACGUUCCUCUGUUUUUCGUUCAGAAGAUCUUCAGCCAAACUUUCCAAUACAUCAAUGUUCAACUCUUCAACAGUCUUCUCCUUGAACGAGAAUACUGCACAGUCAACAUGGGCAAAGAAGUGAAGGCAGGAUUAGAUGAACUAGAGUCAUGGUGCAGCCAAGCGACUGAAGAGUUCGUAGGAUCUUCUUGGGAUGAAAUGAAACACACAAGACAAGCCGUCUUGCUCCUGAUUACAGAACUGAAGUCCACAAUUACAUACGAUGAUCUUACAACCAACCUUUGCUCGGUUCUUAGUACUGAGCAAUUGUAUAGAAUAUGUACUCUCUGCAAGGACAAAGACAACGGCGAUCAUAACCUAUCACAAGAGGUGAUUUCCAACUUAAAACUUCAAACGACAAAUGAAGAUGAAGAUAGCCGUUCCUUCUUGCUAGACGACGAUUCCAGCAUCCCUUUUGAAACCGAUGAGAUCUCGAGCUGCAUGCAAGAAAGGGACUUUGCGAAUGCAAAAUCAGCUUCUGAGCUCGCUGAUAACCCCAACUUCCACUUUCUUAAGGAUUGAGAAACUGUUUAUUCAGCCUUGGUAGUAUAAUAUCGGUUUUGGCUUUGCGUUUGUAGAGAUCUCCAUAGCUUUCUUUUCGUACGCCUCGCUCUAUUCUUUUGAUUUUUUCAGGCUCCUUACUUGUGAGACAAGAAACCCUAUUUUAACAGUGUAAUACAAAUUUUGAUUUAUA